GCUGCUCACCUCCAGCCUGCAAUGCCCUACUCAGAGGUUUUCCUGCUGCUAUUUGAGCUGGUUUGCUUCAUGCAUCUCCCAGUUCCCUGGACCCACUGCAGAUCACCUGCACAUACCUUGCCCAGCCCUCAUGACUCUCUGUCCUUCUGUCCAUCCCCUGCAGUGACCAGAGCGUGCUUUGGGACACAGGAGCUCCAGCAGGGCAGGAUGGAAACUUGGACCCAGCCCUCAAGAGUAGACAUGGGGCUAAAGACCCCCAGGUGCCAGCCGGGGCUUUCCCGGAAAGCAGCGGCGGAGCCGAAUAUAAAAGCCUGUGAGUCACUGGCACGGCGUGGUCCUUGCCGCCGCCGCAUCCCGCGCUGCAUCCCGAUGAGCCGCCGCGUCCUCUCCCUUCUCGCCCUGCCUGCAGGGGUGUCCGUGGCCGCGGCUGCGGCAGGCUUCCAGAUCCUCUGCCAGGGAAUUGAGCACCCUGGGGAGGAAAAGGCCGGUGAGAAAGAGGAAAAGGCAAUCUUCAGCUACCUGGGGAAAAGCAGAAGGCACACCAAGCCGUGCAACCUGACUGGCUGGUGGGAGAAUGAUCUGGGCUCCAAGAUGCAAGUGUUCAAGGCUGGCAACGACGGAACCUUCUCUGGGGAGUACCACACUGCUGUGUCAAACGCCAAGAAACCCAUCCAGGCGUCCCCACUGACUGGCUCCCAGCACCUGGAUGAGGAUGGACAGUGCACCUUUGGCUUCACUGUCAACUGGAAGAAGUUCUCAGACUCCACAGCUGUCUUCGUGGGCCAGUGCUUCAAGGGGGAUGAAGGGAAGGAGGUCCUGCACACCUCCUGGCUGCUGCGGGAGAAAGUCCACUCGGAGCCGGAUGACUGGAAAGCCACCAGGACGGGCCACAACACCUUCACCCGAGUGGGCUGACAGAGGGAGAAGCACUGCCUCCUCUGCCACACUGCACUGCGCCUUGUCCUGGCCACGCUCGGGACACGGGAGUCCCCUCAGCACCAUCAUUGUACCAGCAUGCUUCAAAAAACGCCAAAUAAAAUUAAAAACAUUCAAACACA